AUGAAGCUAGGGUUUCGUUUCAGUACUGCAGCUCAGCUUCUUGCUCCAAUAUGCAAUAACUCAGUUAAGGGAGCGAAGGGAAAAUUAAGAAAGUUCAGUGAUCAUAAAGAUGUUAAUGGGCGUCGUACAGAAUUAGGCCGACAACCUAACCCAAAUGCACAAGACAUUUCUUUUAGCCCAUUCAAGAAUUGUGUGAAGAAAGAUAUGUUAGAAAACGAGGCGAACUCGACAAUUAGUAAGUCCACUGGCUUGCCUAGAAAGCGUUUUUAUCGAGCACGAGCACAUAGCAAUCCGUUAAGUGAUUCACACUUCCCUGUUCCAAUCUCCCCCAAUCAUGUUGAGUACUCGCAUCAUUACCCUCAGUUCUUUUCCUCUGCCGGUGAAGUUGGUAGUAUCAAAAAGGUCCAGUUUGCUGAUAUUGGUUGUGGUUUUGGAGGGCUGCUGAUUAGUCUUUCUACGCUUUUUCCAGAGACCCUAAUGAUUGGGAUGGAACUUAGGGAUAAGGUGACAGAGUACGUUAAGGAACGGAUUUUGGCAUUGAGGACAACAAAUCCAGGACAAUAUCAAAAUGUCUCCGUGGUUCGCACCAAUUCAAUGAAAUACAUUCCUAAUUAUUUUGAGAAGGGACAGCUUACGAAGAUGUUUUUCCUGUUUCCUGAUCCGCAUUUCAAAGAGAAGAAUCAUCGUCGACGGGUGAUCAGUCCACAUUUGCUUGAUGAGUAUGCAUAUGUUCUGGAGGUUGGUGGAAUUAUCUAUACAAUUACAGAUGUGGAAGAACUUGGGGACUGGAUGAAGACUUGUUUGGAGAAUCACCCCAUGUUUGAAGCUCUCACAGAGGAGGAACUUCACGCAGAUCCUGCUGUGAAACUUUUGAGUACAGCGACUGAAGAAGGGCAAAAAGUUGCUAGGAAUGGGGGACAGACUUUUCAAGCAGGCCAAGGGUGCGACUUUUCUGGUGGUGUCAUAUUGGCCGGUGCUUUGCUGUAUCAGCAAGCCUCCAGCAGGACUUUGCUGGCUAUGCUAGUUGGUUAA